GAGCAUUGUUUUUCUCGUUCGUAUGAACGUUUGGCUUCAGCCAAAUGGCGAACGGAAGGACAAAUUAUAAACAAGUACGCGGAACUGGAAAACACGAGGCCUUGUCACACAUAUGAGUAAGAGAAUUUUUACUCUUUCUUGCAGACGGAAACAGCAGUAUUACCACUGCAGGGAAGCAAUCACUGUUGAUAGUUAGCAUACAACCGAGCUAGGCCUCUAAACUCGACGGAGGAUAAGUGCUAUGCAAACGGGUUAGCUUGCUAUCCAGCUAGUUGGCUAACCUAGUUAAUUAGUAAGAUCAUACAUAUCAGGGGAAAAUCAGUACGCUAGCGAGCAAUAAUUUUUAAGCACAAUAUAAAGUCUUUGCUGUUAAAUAUAACAUGAGUACAACGUCGGACAGCAGUAAUAAGCCGUCCGAAUGUAAUAAGAGAAGCGCGAGCCCGCGGCAGCAGGAGGACUCCCCACUGUCCAAACAGCCCAAAGUGGAUGAGGAGAAAGAUGCGGAUAACGAUUCGCGUGAAUGUGCCGAAAAAGACGCCGUUCGAUUAAAGCACAAAACUGGCGCAUCGGAGAGUAGCAGUGCUCCUGAGCUGUCUGAAAAGAGCAUGCAAAAUGCAAACGGGACAGAAAACACCAGUGGAACUGAACGGAAGGACAGAGAUGAGGAUGGAGAGGCGUUUGAAGGCCAGAUGGCGCGCUCAGAUUGCGCAACGAUAGUCGCAGCUGAAGCACUCGCGAGCCUCACCGGUUGCGGGAACCAAGUUACUGAAACGCCUUGUUCAUCCAGACAAGCCCUCGGUGAAAACACGGCUAGUAAACAGAGCCGUGCCGAGCUGGAGCGGAGCGGGCGUGCGGAUGACAGCUGCUCGGUAUACGCGCUGAAAGGUAUUGGUGAAGACGCACGGGUGCGCGCGCGCCGCGCAGCUGAGGAAGACGAGGACGAUGGUGACUCCCUCCCAGGGUCCUCUUUGACAGCCAGCUCUUCUGAUGACGACGACGACGAUGAUCAGGAGCGCGAGGAGUGCGCCAUCGUAUCGGUACAAAUGGCACCCGAGCUGCGGCGCUCCGUCGCGCUCCUGGCACAAGUGCAGAUGCGCCUGGACGCACUGGAGAAGAAGGGCGCGCGCCUGCACCGGCGCCUGGAGCUCAGGUUGGGCCGUCAGAGGCGUCCUCACCUCGAACAACGCGCCGCUAUCGCGCAGAGCAUUCCGGGCUUUUGGCUCACCGCACUUCUCAACCACCCACACCUGUCAGCCCAGAUUGAUGAAAAUGAUGAAGAUGCUCUCAGCUACAUGAUCAAUUUGGAGAUCGAGACUUUCAAAAACAACAAACUUGGCUACCGGAUUUGUUUUCAUUUCCGCCGGAACCCGUUCUUUCAGAACAAAGUCAUAGUAAAGGAGCUUCAUCUUGGAUUGGGAGGAUCCCCAGUUUCUUUCUCAAAUCCAAUUGUUUGGCUUCAUGGACAGUCCUUGACAAGGAACGGAGAACCAAGGCGGAAUUCACGUGGAGUUUACGAGAGUUUCUUUCACUGGUUUGAUGACCAUAGCAGUCCUGGGAUGGAUGAAAUAGCACAGAUCCUGAAAGACGACCUGUACAAAGACCCUCUUAGGUACUACCUGACACCACUGUGGGAGCCACAGGAAAAUGGCAGCACAUCCAAACCACCCCAAAACAGUAAUCGUGAUGAGUGUGUGAUCAUCUCAGAUUCAGAUGACGAUCAGGAACUGGUCAGCCAGGAUCGACAAGAAGACCAGGAAGAUCAGGAUGAGGAGGACAAUGAAUAUGAAAGUCGAGUCACAGGUGCUGAUGGCAGUGACCAUGACAGGGUGGAAUCUUCCACUGAGGAAAGGCAAGAAGAGGAAGUAGAUAUAGAGGAAGUGGAUGAAGUGUGUCAGUCAGCCAGCAGUGAGGUCAGAGAGCUGGGCCAGAAAGAGGAAGAAGAAGAUGAUAUCGAAGUCGAUGAGGAUGAGGAGGAAGAUGAAAACUAGCAACAGUAUGCAGAUAAAGAUUAGAAUUAUUCUUCAAGCAAAUUAUGGACUUAUUAGGGCAUUGUUAUUACAAGUAGCUGUAUCAUGUCUGAUAAGUAAAGUAUCAUGUGAGCUUUUCAACAACCGAAAUCGCUGGUUGUAAUACGAGCUAAUGCAAGAUGACGUCAUUAAUAUUUUAAUACAAAAUGCGGGAUGUAGAGGAAAAAAAACUGGAAGUUUUAAUAUGAGAUAUGUUACAUGGCAGUGUACAGUCUUUGUGUUGUUCCCAAUCUAGACUAACUUUCACAUUUUCUAUUCCAAACAACAAUAGAAGUUUUUAACAGUGGUUACUGUUAAAAUGCAUACUUGGUUUUGUUUUUUUGUUUUUUUUAAUUGCAUGAUCUGUUUUCAGCUAGAUGGACAACUACUGUAACUCAGUGACACAGUCCAGUUAAAAUGUUCCUGUUGGCCCACAGCAUUGUUUCUGUUUGUUUUUUCCAUGACGUGCUUCUGCAGCAGAGCCAGGAGUAAAAAAAAAAAAACCCUAUAAAUUUUCUUCUAUGCAUAAGGAUUUCUAUGACCAAUAACAAAAAAAAAAAUGAAA